CACGCGAAGUGCUCGGAAAUCGUGAAACAUUUGUGAUAAAUUAAUAACUAUAUAGUAUAAUUUGUAACUAUUAAUUGUUGUGCGCCUUUCAAUAACGAAACUGGACAUUUUCAAUUGACUGGUGCCAUAAAUUACUGAAUUAAUAGAAAUUGUGAUAUUCAAAUCAACCAUAAGGAAUCGUAUAGUACAAAAAUAUGGCCGAGAACAAUAUUGAAAGUGUCAACCGCGACAAAGCAAAAGACUCCGAUACCGAUACAGAUGGCAAUUCGAACAGCACUGCGGUGGCCACAUCGGGCGCUCCAGAGGAUGAGCCAGCAGAUUUUGACAAGGCUAUGAUAGCAUCUGGCUUUGGACGCUUCAAUCUGAUACUGCUGAUAAUGGCAAUACCGGCGACCUGCGCGAAUAUGUUCGAGUCGUCGACGAUGUCGUAUAUAUUGCCUAUAGCCGAGUGUGAUCUUCAUUUAACAUUAACCGAUAAGGGCGUACUGAAUGCUUGUGCAUAUGCGGGCAUGAUAAUAUCGGCCAUACCCUGGGGCUAUUUGGCCGAUACGAAGGGACGUCGCAAGGUGCUCGUCUAUGGCUAUUUGUUGACCUCGAUUUGUGUGUUUGGCAGCUCGCUGAGCCAAAACUUUAUAAUGCUGGUGACGUUCAAGUUUCUCGGUGGACUUAUUGUCAACGGCCCGGCAGCGGUGCUCUUCACGUAUCUGACGGAAAUGCAUGGACCCAAGCACAGAUCUCAUGUGCUGAUGGUUGUGGGCAUGAUAACAAGCGCCUCCACAUUGCUGCUGCCCAUGCUGGCCUGGGCCACCUUUCCCCGGGACUGGGACUUUGUCUUCUUUGGCAGUCUUAAGAUUCACAACUGGCAGAUCUUUUUGUUUAUAUGCGGUCUGCCCAGUUUGAUAAGCGGUCUCAUAAUGUGGCUAAUGCCCGAGAGUCCCAGAUUCUUAAUGGCACAGGGCCGCAAUGCGGAAGCCUUGCUGGUGCUGCAAAAGAUCUACCAGAUCAAUACGGGCAAGCCGAAGGACACCUAUCCAAUCAAAACGCUUGUCUUGGAGGUGCCCAGUCGCGAUGCUCAGGUGGACGAGGCUAUCUACACGAUUGAGGAGAAGCCGGCCGAGAAGGCUGCCACAAAGCGACCCUCGCGCACCCUGCUGGAGAGCCUGCGUGCCGGCAUGCAACAGAUGAAGCCCAUGUUCCACAAGCCCCUGCUGCUCCUCUCGAUGCACUGCUACACGAUGCAGUUCUGCAUAUUUCUGGGCAUGAACACCAUACGCCUCUGGCUGCCCCAGUUGUUCGCCUCAAUGGCCGACUAUGAGGCUGUCCACGCCAAUGAUGGCGACUCGGCCAGCAUGUGCACCAUACUCGAGUACAGCGUCAAUAAAACAGCUGAGACCUUGUCGGAUUACAACAAUGCCUGUUCUGAGCCCCAAGUGAUUUCAAUGGAUAUGUAUAUCAACAACAUUAUCGUCUCGGCUUGUGGAUUUGCUGGUUAUUUCUUUGCUGGAGCUAUAAUACGUAUGGCUGGCGCCAAGCGUUUGCUAACUUACGGUCUAUUCAUAUCGGGAGCCCUUGGCCUAGCGCUCUAUUGGUCCAUCAACAGUGUCUCGACGAUUGUCAUUUCUUCGGCCUUUGUCACUGUGGCGGGCAUUGCCGUCUCCUCGCUGCUGGGCGCCGUUGUCGCGCUCUUUCCCACCCAGUUGCGCUCAUUGGUGGUGGCCACUGCCAUGAUGUGCGGUCGCUUGGGCGCUCUCUCCGGCAAUCUACUCUUUCCGGUUCUAAUACAGAUCGGCUGUGUGCCGCCCUUUGUGAUGGUCGCCUCCGUCAUGUUGCUUGCUGCCGUGCUCUCAAUUUUCAUUCCCAAUCCCACAAAAGCGGCCUUUACUUAAAUGUUGUCAUAUUGCGCGGCUUUUAGGAUUGUAUUUUAAAUCGUUUUUAUUACAAUUACGGACAAUUGCACUUUAUUAUUUUAUUGUAGCUCUUAACUUGUAAAAAGUAUUGUAUAGCUUAGCGUGU